AUGCCGCAGCAAUUGACCUCCUUGGAAAGUGAUUCAGAACUUGAUGUGAUCGCGAAAAGGUACUCCGAAACGUGCUUUUGAAACACGUGGAACUUUUCAGCAAUAAUCGGUUCGAAAAGCGAUGCGCGGAAUUUGAACGUCAAAAACGAGGAAUUGAUAAGAAUAUGCGGAUGUGUAAGAGCAUUUGAACUUGCUCUCCUAAUCAGAGUCCAUUUUCAGUCGAAACGUGCAAUUUACAUGUGAAACGAAUGGUCUCGCACACCAAGGAAAAGAUGUCGCGCGUGAAGGAAGAAGUCGACGAACAACUCCGCAAGACGCAGCUAUUCGUGCAAGACUCACUUGCUCUUUGUAAGCCACUCAAAAAAGCGUUUCAUCAUAGGCUUUUUCAGUGGAUUCCACUCUUGACAAAGUCGAUGCAAUCUGGAGCAGCAGUCACAAUUCGAUUUCGAACAGAUAUUCGACAUUGUCGAUAAUGCUCCCGUAUGCUGACUGCAUACAAAAGUACAUUGAAACGAACGAAAUUACGAAGCGCAAACUGGCGGAACUGACAGAGGCGGAAGGUUUGCCAAUGAACAUUGGAUCGGUCUCGCAGUCAUAAUUUACAGAACUCCUAAAGAAAAACCAGGAAGGUUUGAAGCGCCAAGAAGAUAUUGUAUCCAAAUCGCUUGUAAAAACGGAGAGAGAUAUCAUCGAUCAGAAAGAAGAACUUCAGCGCCAGAAGCGAUUCGUGAACAAUGUGCGGAAAACUGCUGAAGCCAGCCAGAAAAAGCUGGCAGAAGCGAGAGAAGAGAAUGCGACGGAAGGGAGUAUAAAGACGGAAGCGCAGGAGAAGGUGAUUAAAAGUGAUAAAAAUUAAAAGAGAAAUUAAAAGAGAAAUCUGCAAAAUGCCCAAAACUACAAAUUGAGAGAUAAUCGGUAACCGAUGGUUUACAGGAGGCGUUCCAACUGCUGCAGGCGUCGAAAACGGACAUUCCCCAGCCCCCGUCGUUCUCGAAAAACAGACACGCUUCCGGAGAAUAUCAGCUUCAAUAUGCCCGCCCGAGAGUGUUCCGUGAUCCUGCUUCAUUUCCUGACUUGCCCCCAAAGAAACGUAGACGGCCGCGCAAAGUGAACCCGACGGAAGGACCGGCAGCAAAGAGGGCUCGGAUCAAGAGAACUUUCAAGUAUGUUUUUUUUGGAGUAUCUUCUGUUCAGAUAAUUUACAAACUUAUGAAUUUUAAGGCGGUUCUUCAAAACACCAUACGAAGAUGGAUUCUCGAGUCAAUGCCCUAGCACGUCGUCCCAAAUUUUGAGAUUUGAGAAUUUGACGGAUAACGGAUUCAAAGCGAUUAACAUUACGGAGAAGAAACCAGAGUUCCUUAUCCACGACAGUCCGAAGGACGUCAAGCAGGAACCAAUUGAUGACUGCGAACCUGUUCGUGGUGUUCAACGAGCUCUUCCGAACUCUUUCCCGAUUGCCGUUUUCAACCAGACAGCGAAGUUCGAUCCUCGCCUCCUCGACUCCUGCAGCAGAGCUCUUCCUUUCAGACCAAGACGACACGUGCGACUUAUGCCGGCUCCCGUUGCACAAGCACAAAAACCGGGCAAUCGAAUGCCGAAGGAGAAGCCGUUGCCUUAUGAGACUGUCACCGCCCACAACCAACGUGCGUCGUCGUCGAUGCUCCAGAAUGGAACCUCUCAAUCUUUGCCAAGCAACGUAUUUGGGCAGAAGGUCGAAGCUGUUGAGAAGAAGCCGGAUAGUUUUCUGCCCGUGGAACCGCAGGAAGUGAAGCAAGAACCCAUCGACGACUAUGAGCCUGUGACCAAGGCGAAUGGACUCUCUUCAUCUUGGACGAAAGACGGUCCAAAAGACGAACAGAAGCCGAACCGACUCCAUUUAAUUAAGCCGAAAGCCGUUGACGGGAAUCAUGCCUUGGGCAACCUCCCUGUCGCCAAGCGAUCAAAUGCGAACGAAUGCAGCAGAACUCUUCCGUUUGCACCAAGUCCCCACAAGAAGGUUCCCGUUGGACAGACUCCGGAUUUCGCCACCGCGACCCCACGUAAUCGUCCACAACGGCUUCGCGUUGUGAAGGUGAUCAGGAAGGUUGGACCACCAAGCAACACGCCGUCGACCGGUAUCGACGCAAACGAUGAGACCAAGUUCACCCAAUUCCGCCUUCGCUUGUCGGAGCAGGAAUCGGAGUGA